GAUGAUACAGGUGUUGGUGAUAUCAGGAGUCGUCUGGUCCGCCUCAUCCCCAACCCCUCCAACGACCAAGAAAAAGCCGCCCUCAAAGCGCUCUUCGAGUACCGUCUCCCCGGUGACCCCUCGAAAGCCCGUAUUGAAUGGCUUGACAUGGUCGAGGCCCGCCACCUCCUCUGGGCCUACAUCUCCUCUCCCAAACGAGAACUCAUCCGCUCUAUCCUCAACACCUUGAACCUCGAGAUCGUCAAGCGAACCCGACCAACAUCCACCUUCAACUUCGCCGAAGCCUCCAUCGGCAACAUGUUCCUGACCGGCGCCCGCAUCUUCUCUGGCUCCUUCGAAUCAGCCAUUUACCUGCUCUCCAUGAUCUGCUCCAUCCCGCCCAACGUCAACGUCCUCCCCGCCAUCAACUCCAACUUCACGCACCACAUCUCCGCCGGCCUCGGAGACGGCACGACCAUCGCGGGCCAGGUAGCCAUCAGCCACCCGAGCGCUCCCACCGCUUUGCCAGAUGACGUUAAGAUCUCUCUGGCAACACCCUCUUUCCCUCCACUCUUGCAUGGGGGACACGGGCACGGCGCUCCUUCAUUUUUUCACCCCGCUGCCAUGGCUAUGGCUAUGCAUGACGGCGGCAGCAACAAACUCCCAUUACCUCAGCAUUUGACCGUCCCAUCUGGAUCUGGAUCCACCUCCACCGUCCCUUCUUCCUCCGUGACUACUACUUCCUCCUCGGUGGUCACAACCACCACCACCACCCCAACCAAAUCCUCUUUCCCCCCCUCCAAACCUCCAGGGCUAACCCGCGCCCGCUCCCAAACCGAAACCGAAGACGCCUCCCUCCCCGGCUCUCUCCCCUCCCUCCGCACCCAAAACAUUUCCUUCAGCAAAUCCGAUUCGGACGAAGCCGAUCAAUUGAGCGCGGGAAUAGAAAGGGUGUGGUACAUCAACCCGUACGGCCACGAGAUCUGGCCGAACGCGAACCCCAAGGUGAUCGAUGCGCUUGCAGCGACAAAAAUGGUGGUGUACAGUAUUGGGAGUUUGUGGACUAGUAUUGUGCCUAGUUUGGUUUUGAGGGGGGUUGGGGAGGCUUUGGCUGGGGAAGAAGAAGAAGAAGAGACAGAAGAUGGGGAGGGUGGCGUGAGGAAGGUGUUGGUCUUGAACGCCACGAUUGAUCGUGAGACGGGACCUAAGAGCAAGCCGAUGACGGCAACGGAUUUUGUGAGGGCCGUGGCGAAGGCGGGGGAGCAGUCACGACGUUCGGACCCGAGUUAUCACCCUCACCCUCAUGGUACGGAGGACAACGAUUCCAUUGAGGUCGAUGGCGAUUUGGAUGCCACCUCCAAGGAGGGGAAGUUACUAAGGAAAUACGUCACCCACCUGAUUUACCUCGACGGACAACAAGUAGUAGGCGGAGGACGACUGGCGAGGACGGGGACGUGGAACGCGCCGAAAGUGGAUGUGAGGGAGUUGGAAGGGUUGGGGAUUAAGUGUGUUGGGGUGGAGGGGAGAGUGCAGGAGGAUGGGAAGGAGGUUAGGUAUGAUGAGGGAGGGUUGGGGAAGGCUUUGGAGGGGAUUAUCGAUGAGUGAACUGAAUAACUGAUGGGGGAAAUCUUAAUGGGUUCUUAAGAGAGUGAGUGGGUUCUGAAAUAACCGUGGUAGAAGAGUGAGCCAAGUAAGUUCAUGGUAAUUAAUGGUAAUGUUUUCUUGCCCCCCU